CUAUCUCGGUGACUCUUCCUUUACAUUGCGCGCCAAUACAUUGUGAAACAGAUGGAAURGUGAUUUCCCGACACUAAAUUCCUGACUUAUUCCAGUAUAGAUGGGAGCAUACCUUCKGAGAAGAUCCUUGAUCACCCUUGCCGUUCUUAUUUUAAUGAUCGCUACUUACAGCUUUACAAAUAUGAUAGACCUAUAUAGCACAGAGUUCAAGAGCAUUCAUACGAAUUCCAUUGUUCAUAAUUUUCAAGAAGAUCGUCAUAUCCAAUCGGAAAACAGUGAAAAAUACGAAAACAUAAGUAAGAAAAGACCACAAGAACAAGCAACAACUAGCAAUUAUAAUGCUGAGCAUCACCAAAUACUGGAAACAAAGAAGAAGAUUGAAAAAGACAGUCAUGCUAAGUACUGCGGUAAUGGUUGGCAAGAAAAAUACGCUCGCCUCCAUAGCAACAUUCUUGCUUCCAAACAGCUAGAAAGAUACCUUGYAUAUAAUUGUCCAGGAACUCAACAAGGCUGUUGUGGUUAUGGCAACCGUUUACGAGCUUUAGUUUCAAUAUUUUACUUAGCAGUKUUGACUGACAGAGCUUUCCUGAUUGAUUGGAUUGYUCCGGAGCCAAUCGAGAACCACCUCAAGCCUAAUCAAAUCCAAUGGAAUUAUUCUGCACCGUUAGACAUUUGCGAAGGUCCCGACUUCCGUAACCACUAUUGGGGAACUGCUAGUGCCGACAAAAAGAGAGCAGAGGGCUGGAUUAUACAAGAUAGUAAACACUUCCGAAACUGGUUUGUUUCGACAAAUCUGAGUCGUUAUUUUGAUCAACCUGUUGAGAAGAUCACUACUAUCUGGUAUUUYGUUAAUGGUGGAAUCGAUAGCAAUCCAUAUCUAAUGACACGUGCCAAGCAACUGGGAAUUACUCCGUUAUUAUCKCCAGGCCCUAAAUACUCUCUAAUACGAUGCGCUUUCGAUUUUUUGUUUCAACGUUCAAAUCUUGUCGAGAGCCACCUUAAACRAUGGAGGAGUCWACUGCACAAAUCUAAAGGACCAACGAUUGGAAUACACAUCAGAACAGGUGAUAAACAGUUUAACUACAACGCACAGAUGGAUGAUAGAUCUUUAAAUCUACGAAACACAUCAAAUUUGAAAGAAUUCUUUCGGUGCGCAAAGCACAUUGAACAAACAGUUUUCAAAGACGCAAAGACAAGCGAUACCCAAUGGUUUCUUGCAAGCGAUCAUAUCAAAGUCAAGCGAUUUGCUACAAAAUACUUUCCUGGAAAAGUCAUCACCACAAAUCUCUCAAUCCAGCAUUUAGAUAUUCUUUACAAUACCACAAUAUUCAAUGAWACUAUAGARUGUAAUUUCACGACAGGUGUAAAUGGUUCUGCGAUAUGUUACAACAUUGUGCCCUUCAAUAAAACUGAAUACUGCGCAAAUCGCACUAACAUUACCAAUACAAACUUCACGGCAGAUGCAAACRGUACACACAAGUUUACUGAAGGAAUCAUAGGUAUGUUGGUAGACCACUUCAUUUUAAGUGAAUGUGACUUCUUGAUCGUAUGUGACAGCAGUUUUAGCUCGACAGCGAUUGGUUUAGGAAUGAAGGACACCGACUCGUUUGUUUUUGGUAACCGCCAUUGCCUGGACUUCAAGAGAGCUCAGAAAAUUAAAAAAAUUGGAUAUUUUAGGCGAAAACGUUCGGCAACAAACUACACUCCGGGGUAGCCUAAGGAGUAAGUUAKU